UAGAGACAGUCGUGGUUCUUCAGAACUUCAUUUGGAUCACAGACAGUCAGAAUGAAGUGUGUUGUUCUAGUGUUUCUGCUCCCGCUCCUGGGCCUCUUGCAUGCUGGGCCGCUGCCCGAUGAGCCCGUCCUCCAGCCCCAAGAGAACUUUGAUGUGAACCGGUUCAUGGGCAAAUGGUAUGAUAUUGCGAUUGCGUCCACAUGCCCGUGGCUCAAGCGUCAUAAGGGAGACGCAGCCAUUGGCUCUUUGGAGCUGGAAUCCAGUGGCUCAACACAGACCAUCAGCAUGACCCGCAUCAGCCGCAGACAUGACAGCUGUAAGUCCAUCAGUGGAGAAUAUCAGCUGACCAAAACACCUGGAAGAUUCCAUUACCACAAUGCCAAGUGGAAUGCUGAUGUGGACUCCUAUGUGGUUCACACAAACUACGAUGAGUACGCUCUGGUGGUGAUGUAUAAACAAAAACCAGGCGGGGAAAAAACCACAUCUGUCAAACUCUACGGACGUACUAUGCAGCUGCGGCCCACUCUCAUCGAAGACUUCAAGACUCUGGUGGCUGAGCAGGGAAUGAGUGAAGACACUAUAAUUAUCAAAAAGAACAAAGGUGAAUGUGUUCCAGGUGAGCAGGUCACACCAGAGCCACAGAUCCAGAGGGCGAGGAGGAAUGUGGUCCUGCCGGCUCCUGAGGAGGGAUCCGGUGACGAUAUGCCCAUAUUUAGAGGACCUGAAGCGUGUAAGUCCCAGCCAGAUUCAGGUCCAUGUUUCGGGAUGUUGCAGCGCUACCAUUACAACUCAUCCAUCAUGGCCUGUCAGAUGUUCACCUAUGGAGGCUGCAUGGGGAACCAGAACAACUUUGGGACUGAAAAGGAGUGUCUGCAGAGCUGCCGCACUGAGGCCGCCUGCAGGUUGCCCAUGGAUGCUGGUCCUUGUAAAGUGUUCACAGACCUGUGGGCCUUCGACUCUGCCGCUGGAAAGUGUGUGUCUUUCAAAUAUGGAGGCUGCAAGGGUAAUGGCAAUAAAUUCUACAGCCAGAAGGAGUGUGAGGAGUACUGCGGCGUUAUGAUGAGAAAUGGAGAUGACGAGUUUCUCACAGUGAACUGAGUAUGGUGUGAAUGAAAAUGAAGCGUGACUUUGUUUCAAACAGAAAAGUGCAACAUGGAUCAGUUUCCAACAGGCAUUAACUUCAACAUUAACACAAUAAAUAAAGACCUGUCCAAUGUA